AUGGUGACUUAUACAAACCAUACCAACGCCGCCGGUGGUGAUGAUCAUAACAACAACAACAACAACAACAAUAAUGAUAGUAGUAGUACGGAAAAUUUUCACGGGACAGGAAGCGGCGGUAGUGGAAGAAGUAGUACGAGUACUAGCAGUAGUUCUUCUUCUAAUUACUGCGUAUGGCUUGUUUGCAGCGUCAUGUUUCUAGUGUCGUCGGUGAUGGUUGUGGCGGUUUUCACCAUCGUCUCUUCUUCUUCUUCUUCUUCUAUUGCUGCUUGGUCACCACCUUUCAAAUUCUCAGCAUUCAAGUCCGCCGGAACAACGACGAAAACAGCCACGCCUCCAAAUAUUUCCUCCUCCAAAUCACUGGCCUACUAUUUCAUUCCCAACAACAUCAUCUCUGCUGCUGCCACUACUACUCUUACUGCUAAUGCUACGACUACUCCUCCACCUGAUCCUCACCUUCCUUCCCCAAUUAUUCUCACAAGGCAAGAGAUUCUGGAAAGAGGACUUGCAAAAGCACGAGCAGCGAUUAGAGAAGCCGCAGCUUCUCAUCGGAAUUUUUCUGUAACCGCCUUCUCCGCCCAUAUUUACCGCAAUCCUGCUGCGUUUUUCCAUACAACUGGGAUUCGUGGGUAG